GACAGGGAGCUUCGCCAGCAAUUGAGGAGUGUUUUUAUGGUGGUAACUAGUGGACUCUUCUCUUUUUCAAUAGGCGCGUUUAUUUGUUCCGCACAAUCAGUCUGAUUCAUCCCUUGGCCUUACCGCAACAGUGUGUCCCGCCAGUAAAAAAUGUCAAUAUUAUUUUCGAUUACCCUCAUCGACGCUUACAAAGCCAUGCUUGCACAGGAUGUGGUGUUUACCGCUUUGCGGAUACCUCCACAUCACAUUAUGAUGCGUGGUGGAGGCUGAUCGUUACAUUUGCUUUCUAUCAAAUAACCGGUAUCGACUUUAACAGAAAUGAAUGUUAGUUUAAAUUUUACCUAUAAUAUCACGAUUAAUCUAACCAGGCCAUGGUCGCCACUGAUUUCAUUAGAGAGCUUAACGGAGUGGUUCAUUGUGUCACUAAUUAUAUGCGUACUUGGCACGCUAUCGUACAUUGUGCUGUUUUUAAUCAUAUUCUCGGAGAAAUCUCUCCAUAAGGGAACCGGCGUGCUGAUGAUGCAUCUGAUCCUGACGGAAGCCCUUCUUGCCACCGUGCAUUUUUAUCUCUUCUGUGCGGAUGUUUUUCGUGUACAGACCGGUUCCACGUCUAAUCGCCGCUACUGCUACUAUUCGAUGUUUACCUACUGGGUGACCCUGUUUGCGUCCAACUGGUCAGCGGCGUUUCUGGCCAUCAACCGGCUGGUGGCGGUUGCCAGACCGCAUUUCUACCGACAUUUGACGUCAAGAACCAUGCGAGCUUCCAUGGUGGCGAGCAGCUGGCUGUUUGGACUGGGAGCGGCAGCGCCCAUUGCGGCCGGUGUGGGAGGGCGGUUUGAUUCCAUGCCACCGCUGGGAGCAUGUGGAAUUGUUCGAACCCGACUGCAACCCCAAACGGAACACGUGUACGAUGGCGUCACCACCGUCGGAAUGUACUUGCCCCUGGGCCUGACCCUUAGCAUCUAUAUCGGCCUGUUUACCGUGAUGAAGUCCAAUUACGGGCAAAAAAAGCUCACCAACCAAGUGCAAACAAGCGCCGAUCAGAAUGCCGGAAGAACAAUCAGUCGCCGGCUGGUUAUGGCGCGGAUGCUGUUCGCCUCGUCCAUCUGGUACUGCCUGUGCUUCUACCCUAUUCCCAUUAUGAUGGCGAUUGUCCCGCAAAUUUUUGCCAAACACCCCAUGGCUUUGCUGUGGCUGCGGACAUUGUUGUUUACUGGAUUUUCCACAAAACCGAUUAUGUAUUACACCCUGAAUGCCGAAUACCGGGACACUUUGCGCAAAAUCUGUCGGCCUGUCGUGCCAGCCGCGUCUCCGUCCACUCCUGCACAUAUGUCGCACACAACUGUACAGGCAGUGCAGCCUAGCGAAGCAACUGUUAAUCCGGCCUUCAGCAGUGUUAACCCGCCACAUGACAUCAAACUUUAGCGAUCCUCGGAAUAAAUAUCAUCACGCAUUAGUUGGCUGACCUUCAAAUUUUAAUAUUAUUAUUUGUGGGACAUGUAUAACACGUACCAUAUAAUCUGGCCCUUUUUCAGCUUUGCAAAGUCAGCUUGCGCAAGAAAUACAGCAGAAACGAUUAGGCACAAAACCUGUACUUUCCUUUUUUCGCGCAUCAGUGUUUUUAGAUUAUGGAAUGGAGCAGCAAUAAAAUGAAAUUUUAUAACAAAAAAAAGACAACUAGAGUUAUCCGACAACAUGCACACUGUUGCAGGUGCAGCCUGCAUGACGUAGCGUUAUACGAGUAAAUAUAGCUAUCAAAAAUUGAGUUGAUCCAUGCAGUUCAAAGAAUAUAUGUUCUUUUGCUCGGCCACCAACGCAUUGACCACUUCUUCGCUACCGCACAUCUCUACU